AUGGAACCGCCAGUCGGUGCUUCCGACGAGAAGCGAGGAGAGACGGCGUCUCGUCUCUUGGAUUCCUCGCAACGUCAGAGCUUCGAUGGUACAUCGACGAGAAGCAGCGAUGACGUUGCUGCCCCGUUCGCGGCGUCGCAGACGGAUUCGGGGCAAAGAGAUUCUCCCAGGAGAACUGUGUCUUCCUUCAGCUUCGUUUCUCUCGCGUCUGCGGUCUCCUCUCUUCGAAAUGCCUCCUCCGAACGCCUCUUGCGGAGGGUCAAAAAUCAACGCAGUCAAGUCGAGUUCGCUUCAUCGGGAUCUUCGUCUUCUUCUCUCUCCUCUUCCAAUGAUUCCUCUUCAUCUUCUUCUCCUUCUUUCUCUCAUUCUCCCUCUUCUUCUUCCUGUACUUCUUCUGCGGCCGAACACACACACUUGUCUGGAGAGAAUGAAGAAAGACGAGAAGGAAGAGCAGGAGAGACAGACGCCAGGGAGGCCAAAGAGGACCGAGGAGGAAGACUGGACGACUCGCGAAUCGACGAGUUCGACUUGCAUGGAGCCCUUGUUUUCGACGACUACGAGGUAUUGAAUUAUCCGGCAACUUCUCGUUCCAUCUCGACGCUCGGACCCGGAAGCAAUUCGACGUCAUCUGGGGAAGCACCAGUCACAGGCGACCCACGAGCCGAGACUCGAUCGAGAAACGGCGUCGGCGCUUCCAGGGAAGAGAAGGCGCAGGCCAGAGACUUCCCCGCAGGCCGCGAACUGUGCGGUGACACUCUCGGCACCGCCGAGUGCAUGCAAGCCACCGCGAGAGCCGAUGGAGCGGACAGACCAGAGAGACAGACCGAGAAAGUACCGGGUGCAGAUGUGGGCAUCUGUGGCGAUGGAACUUCUCUCCUUGUUGAGGAAGAAGCGAUCAACUCCCCGCGACCUGACUGCACCAACUCCUCUCGUUUUUCUUCCUCUCGCUUCCCCUUUUUCUGGUCUUCCUCCACCACUUCCUCUGUUUCUUCUGUUUCCUCUUCUUCCUCUUCGUCGUCCUUUUCUUUCUCGACUUCCUCUGGGGAGGCGUAUGCAGUGUCGCGAGGCAGUCUGCGAGGCACAGGUGUCUCCUCUCUGAGUCGAGAGACUCGGUUUCUGUGGCACCCGCUGAUCACGCGCUGCGUAUACGGACCGUUGGUGAAAGCUCGCUUCUACCUCAUGAUGCAUCCUGGAGAGUCGACAGACGCCGUCGUCGUUCUCCGCCUGUCCGACUUUCUUGUUCGUUACGCACGCUCCACAGGAGGCCAGGAAGCGGAGAAGAAAGAGACGCGAGAGGAGACGACGGAGAAGAGCGAGGAGAAGAAGCAACUGGAGGAGGAAGAGAAGAAGAGGCGGCCGGAGGAGGGUGGGAGAAGAAAGGGAAGUAGGGGACGCGCCGGGGGAGAAGCAGACGACGAAGAGGACUGUAGCGGCGCUAGAGAAAGAGCUGAGAUCGCAAAAGAACGAGAUUUCGCUUUCGGCGAAGAGAGGGGGGACGAACGAGCAGGACGAGGAUCCGAUGCCGAGCAGAUUGUGGCCGUGGAUGUCACUGCAGUGGAACAGCAAGUUCUGCAGAUCUUCCGCCGCAAGCCUCAGGGGAUCGUCAUGCUCAACGACCUGCCUCUGUCGUGUCUAGCGCUGAAGCUUUUCGAGGAAGAGGCGAAAGCGGGAGACACGAGAGGCGCGAAGAAACCCAGAGAACGCGAAGGGCAGCAAGUUUCCUGCAGGCGCGGAUCAACUGUCUCUGAGCUUCUCCCCGCCUCCUGCAGUCACUCAGGUGCCAAGACACUGAACGCUUGCGACCUCGCAGACAGGAGGAAUGGAGACAGCGAGGACCAGCCUGCCUCUUCUGGAAAUGCAACGUCGAGAAAGCGAGCCGUUCUUGUUCCUUUCACGCAAGACGUAUUCUCCUCCUCUUUCCUACACGCAAUUGCUGCGCCUCUCGGAGUCUCCUCGGGUGGCUCCACUGUCUCUUCUGACUCCUUUCACCCUCGGAAUGCGACUCAAACCCCCCACACAGGCGGCGACAGCGCCCCGAAGAACGUCGCCUGUUCGCCAGGUUCUUCUCGCUGCCCUACCGCCCCAGCACACUCUGGACGGCAUGCAGAGACGCAGGCAGAGCGAAGCGCAGUGAACGUGGAAGAGGGCCAGACAGAGGAGGAGGAGGAGGAAGAGGAAGAGAAGAAAGAAGAGGAAGAGAAGAAAGAAGAGGAAAAGAAGAGACUGUGCGAAGAGGCUGCGUUGGCAGCAGCCUUGGAGGCGGCGAGAGAAGCAGCCGCACGCCAAGACGGAGAUUUCGAGGGAGAAGAAGCGAGGCUCGCGGCGGAGGUGCAGCGCCACAAGUCGACUUCAGCGUUUCGACAGAACUUCCUUUUCGAAGACGAAGUCGAGGAAAAGGACGACGAAUGGAUCGACGCUAGAAAACAAGGAAACAGCCCCGUUGUGCUUCUCGUCAUGCGCAGAGGCACCGACCUUGCACACCUCGCUGAACUUGACGGCAUUCGCCACGCAUGCAUCACGCCCAUUCCUCUGCAACUUGGAGAUCACAUCUACCGCGCUAUCAAACCGAGAGGAAUCUUGUCGAUAGCAACUCACCAUGGCAUUUACGCUGGACACGGUCGGGUGUUUCAUUUGAGCGGAAAUGAAAGACAAGGCUUGUGGGCUCUUUUGGCGAAUCAGCGAAGUGCCAGGGUCCGCGUCACUUCCAUCAGGCGCUUCAUGGGCCGCGGCCGCUCUGCCCUCCGAGUGAAAAUAUAUAAAGAAGAACAGUGCGACGACCACUUUACGGUGAUUCAGAGAGCAGAGGAGUCCUUCGUGGAGCAGUCUUUUCCUUCCUACCACCUCCUGUUCAACAACUGCGAGCACUUUGCUGUUUUCUGCAAAACUGGAAAAGGAAAGAGUUCCCAGGUCGAGAAAGCUGCCGUUGCUGCAGUGGCAACAACUUCCUUUCUAGUCGGGGCAGGGGCCACCGCAGGCGCGGCAGCUCUUGCCGCUGCUGUGCUUGAACGGAGGCUCCGGCGUCCUUGA